AUGUUUUAGGUCAGAGGAAUGAGUCGAUUGAUUGUUAAAGGGUUGCCAUCGAAUUGUACCGAAGAAAAGCUACGGGAUCACUUCGGCAGUUUUGGAACAAUCACUGAUUGCUCACUGAAAUACACCAUAGAUGGGAAAUUUCGUCGUUUUGCAUUUGUUGGAUUCGAAACGGAUGGAAAUGCCCAGAAAGCACGUGAGAAUCUGCACAACACAUUUAUGGGAGCAUCGAGAUUGACGGUAGAAGAGUGUAAGCCGUUUGGUGACGACACAAAGCCAAGAGCAUGGAGUAAAUAUGCAAAAGGAAGCAGUGCUUACAAACGUUUGCAUCCUGAAGAAGAAGAGGAAAAAACGAAGGAGAUCGUUUCAGUAAAGGAUAGUUCACCAUCGCCCAAGAAAAUGAGAAACGAAAACGAUGAAGAAUUUCAUGAUUUCAUCCAAGUGCAGAAGGGCGCACCGCCAACUGCUAGUAGCAGCAAUGACGAAAGCAGUAACAACAGUCUAAUGGAAGAGUUACUAUCUGGAAUCAGCGGAAACACAUCUUUAUCGCUGAUAAUAAGUGGUUUUCCAAGAACUGUUAAAGCGAAAGGGAUCAAAGAUUGGUUCAGUCCUAUCAAGUUGAAAGGAAUAAAAAUUUCACGUGGCUCAACUGAAGCUAUUGCUUUUGUAACGUUUUUUCAACAGUCUGAUGUGAGAAAAGCACUGCGACGGAAUGGACAGUUUUUCGGUGGUUCUAAGCUGGAAGUAACGAAAGUAUCAAGUAAUCGAGUUUCUGAUGACGGUAUGGAAGAUUAUAUUCACAAGACAAGAGAAGCAGAAGUUGAAGCAUCGGUAGCAAAGAUCCUUGAAACUGGAAGACUCUUCGUCCGAAAUCUGCCUUAUGUCUGCAGUGAUGAAGACCUGCGGUACCUGUUUAAAAAGUAUGGUGAAAUAUCCGAUUUACAAGUGAUUAUUAGCAAAAAAACAGGUCAAUGUAAAGGAUUUGCUAUUGUCACAUAUGUUUUUCCAGAAUCUGCAGUUGCAGCGUUUUCAGCAUUAGAUGGUUCAAUUUUAAAGGGAAGAAUGCUUCACAUUUUGCCUGGAGAAGAAAAGCGUGAGGUGGAAGAGACUGGCAUCACUGGUAAAUCGGCGUUUCAGAAAGCGAAAUUUGCAAAACUCAAAAAGGAUGCUGGAAAGUCUCACUCGUGGAACACAUUGUUCCUUGGAGCUAAUGCAGUUGCUGAAACGUUGGCUGAAAAACUGGAUGUUGAAAAAAGUGAUUUGCUGCUUGGACAAGGAGAAAUAGGUCCUGGUGUACGCCUAGCACUUGCGGAAACACGUCUAGUCAAUGAAACUCGGGAAUAUCUACUGGCUAAUGGUGUCUGUUUGGAUGUUUUCUCAAGGCCUGCAGCAAAACGAAGUAAUACUGUGAUUAUCAUCAAAAAUUUAACGACCAAGGUUGAUAUUGAUGAAUUAAAACGAAUGUUCGCGAGGCACGGUCCCGUAAAGCAAUUACUGAUGCCUCCCGGGGGUAUUACUGCUAUCUUGGAGAUGGAAAAUUCUAUUGAUGCUCAGAAAGCGUUUAGCACGCUUGCAUAUACUCGAUUUCGGUCUCAGCCGUUGUUCCUUGAAUGGGCUCCGUAUGAUUUGUUUAAAUCAGGAAAAUUAGAAAGCAAAGAUGAAGAUAAAAGCCAGAAACAGCAUAGUCUUGAAGUUCAAACUGAAAGGAAUGAUAAUGAAUUCUCAGCAGAAGAUAAGAAGAAGCUGAGACGAAGCAAGAAGCACCAAUUGAUCAAAGAACCUACGGAAGUUGCAGAAUCACAAAAAAAAGCUGAAUCGGUUAAAACAAUCAAUGAAACAAUAGCGAGAGAUGGAGACAUGCAGCAACGAGCUGAAGUAGAAAAGUAUAUGGCUGAAAUUAGAAAUGAAGACAGCAAUGAUGAUGCUGAAGAGGAAGAUGACCGAUUGCUGCCAGGAACGACAUUAUUUGUAAAGAAUUUGAGCUUCAAAACAACUGACGAAGGGCUAAAGAAUAAAUUUGAAUCACGAUUUCGAAUACGAUCUGCUACCGUCUCCAAAAAGCGAGAUGCCGUAGAUCCGACGAAAGCACUCUCAAUGGGAUUUGGUUUUAUUACGUUCUAUCAGCCAGAGGAUGCGCAACAAGCUAUAAAGGAAAUGCAGGGUGUUUUAUUGGAUGGUCAUUGCUUGAUGCUGAAAUUAUCUCACAGAGAAGUUGUACCUGAUAAGAUUACAGCAAGAAAAGGAGUUGUUGAGUUGGAGCAAGGCGAAGCUACCAAAAUUUUGAUCAGAAAUAUACCUUUUCAAGCAACUCGAAAGGAAGUUAAGCAGCUUUUCGCUACUUUUGGUGAAAUUCGUUCAUUCAGAAUGCCGAAAAAGGUUGGUGCGUCGGCGGAGGGUCAUCGAGGUUUCGGUUUCGUUGAUUUCUUAACUCGCUCUGAUGCACGACGUGCAUUCAGUGGUUUGGUUCAUUCAACUCAUUUCUACGGUCGAAGGUUAGUUUUGGAGUGGGCUAAGCCCGACAAUAACUUGGAAGAACUUCGAGAGAAAGCUGCUGCCAGUUUAAGCGGUAACAAAGGAGAAGUUCGGCUACAGAAGAAAAUGAUGAAAAAAAUUGAGCAGGAUUUAACAGUGAUCGAUGAUGACUGAAGAUAUGUGAUAAAGUGAUGUUUUCGCUUUACAAUUUUUCCUGUCAAGUUGAUAUUAAUUAUAGAGAAUUUUAUAGAAAAUUCUGCAGAAGAAAAAUUUUAUAGAAAAAAAAUAU